AAACAUCCCCGGAGGGAGCCCAGCGAGGACGGCAGCAGCUCGGAGGAGAACGUCCUCUACCAGGCUGUCAUGGACGGCAGGGUGGCCAUCGAGGUGGCGGUGGACGAGUGGCUGCAGGGCUACAAGCGGGACCGGGAGCCGGCCUUCCUGGAGCUCGUCAACUUCAUCGUCCGCUCCUGCGGCUGCCGAGGCACGGUGACGCUGGCCAUGCUGCGGGAGCAGCAGAACACCGAGAUCAUCCAGCGGCUGACCGAGACCUUCAGCGAGGACUCCUCCGACUACCCCCUGUCCCUCUCCACGGGGCCGUGGCGCCGUUUUCGGGCCUCUUUUGGGGCCGUGGUGACAGCGGUGGCCCUGCGGAGCCGCCACGCCGUCCUCUACGAUGGCUUCCUCCUCGGCGGCCUCACCGCGCUGCUCACCAGCCUCGCCGACUCCCAAGUGCGCGCCUUCCGCCACACGGCCACCUUGGCAGCCAUGAAGCUGAUGACGGUGCUGGUGGAGGUGGCGCUGGGGCUGAGCCAGCGCCGCGACAACACCCGGAGGCUCUACGAGGCCGAAAGGGGGAAAAGCCCCCCCCGGAGAGCCCCCGGCAAGCUGGAGGUGCUGCAGGAGACGCUGCGGGAGCUCCAGGAGCAGCAGGAGGAGAUCGAGGCCGUGAUGAACGCCAUCUUCAAGGGGGUCUUCGUGCACCGAUACAGGGACGUGGUGCCCGACGUGCGCGCGCUGUGCAUGGAGGAGCUGGGGACGUGGAUGUGCAGCUUCCCGGCCUCCUUCCUCACCGACGGCCACCUCAAGUACCUCAGCUGGACCCUGCACGACAAGCAGGGGGAGGUGCGUCUGCGCUGCGUGCGGGCGCUGCAGGGGCUGUACGCCCGCCGGGACACGGCCGCGCACAUGGAGCUCUUCACCGGGCGCUUCAAGGCCCGCUUGGUGUCCAUGGUGCAGGACAAGGACCCCGUGGUGGCCGUGGAGGUGGUGAAGCUGCUGACGGUGAUGCUGGACACGGUGGCCGAGGCGCUGACGGAGGCCGAUUGUCACCGCGUCUACCCGGCCGUCUUCUGCAGCCGCCGUCCCCUCGCCACCGCCGCCGGCCUCUUCCUCUACCGCAGCCUGCUGUCCCCGCGGCACGAGGGUGACACCGAGCCGUCCCCCGGCAGCGGGGACAACCGCAGCUUCUUCCGCCUGCUGCUGACCUUCUUCAUCGAGAGCGAGCUCCACCAUCACGCCGCGUACCUCGUGGACAUCCUCUGGGACUGCGCCGGGACCCAGCUGCGGGACUGGGACACGGCCGUGGGGCUGCUGCUGGAGGAGGCCCCCGAGGAGGCGCUCAGCGACCAGCAGGAGAAGACCCUGGUGGAGAUCCUGGCGGCCAGCGCCAAGCGGGCGGCGGGGGAGGGGCCCCCAGUGGGACGGGGACCCCCCCGCAAGGCGCCCCCCAAGGGGAGGCGGGCGGUGACGGAGCAGCGCUCGCGGCUCAGCCUCUGCCUGGCCCCCAUCCUGCCCCGGCUGCUGGCCAAGUUUUCGGCGGACGAGGAGAAGGUGACGCCGCUGCUGGAGGUGCUGAGCUGCUUCGAGCUCAGCGUCUACUGCACCGCGCGGCUGGAGAGGCCCCUGGAGCAGGCGCUGGCGCAGCUGCAGGAGCUGGUGCAGAAGCACACGGGGCCGGAGGUGCUGGGGGCGGCCUCCCGAGCCCUGGGGGCCCUCUGCGACCCCCGGCUGCCGCUGCGGGGGCACGGGGAGCUGGUGAGGAGCCGCCUGGGGGACCUGCUGGGGGAGCGCUGCCACCGCCUGCUGCGGUUGCCGUCCCUGGACGAGGAGGAGCUGUACAGCGCCACUGCCACCCUAAAGCGCCUCUCCGUCCUCUUCAAGGCCCACGACCUGACGCCCUGGCAGCUCUUCGAGCCCUGCACCCUCCUCCUGCGGCGCGCGGCCGACACGGGCGAGGUGCCCCCGCAGCUCCUUGUCCCCGCCAUCACCUGCGCCCACUUCCACAUCCUCUGGGAGCUGUCGCGGCUGGCCAACACCGACGCCCCCCAGGAGCAGCUGCUGAGCCUGAAGGACAAAACCACCUCCUUCUGCGCCCUGUGCCAGAGCUGCCUCUCCAACGGCGACGCCGGCGUCCGGGAGCAGGCCUUCGUGGUGCUGAGUGACCUCCUGCUGGUGCUGGGCCCCUCGGGGACACGCGGGGCCGGGGCGGCGCUGGCCCCACUGCGGCUGGUGCCCGACGUGGAGCUGCGCUCCCAGCUGGCCGCCGUGCUCCUCGACCACGUCUUCAGCCCUGGGGACAGGGACGGUGACGGUGAGGUCCCCAACGCGUCCCCAACCCGUCCCCAAGGUGGCCCCGAUGCCGCCGAGGCACACAUGGAGGACCUGCAUUGCCGCCGCAUGCUGCUGGCCGGCUUCUGCAAGCUCAUCAUCUACAACGUCCUGGAGCCCAGCGCCGCCUCUGACGUCUUGAAGUACUAUGACAAGUUUCACGCCGAGUACGGGGACAUCAUCAAGGAGACGCUGGCGUGCGUCCUCCGCAUGGACGGCCAGGAGUGGGCGCGCGUCGUGCUGCUCAGCCUGCAGCAGGUGAUGACGGAGCUGCUGAUGGAGCACGGCCCCGGGGUGUGGGGGGUCCCCGCUUUUGGGGGGCUGCGGGAUUUGGGGCGCCGCCUCUCCCUCUUCUUCGGCCCCCGCCCCCAACCCAACCGCCAAGUGCUGCUGCGCCUGCACCGGGACGGCAUCGCCUUUGCCCUACAAGAGGGUCCGGGGGGGGGUCCGGGGGGGGAUCCGGGGGGGGCCCCCCUGUACCUGCCCUUCCUGGAGGUGCUCAGCGAGUUCUCCCCCCGCCUGCUGCCCCCCGACCGAGCCCUGCUGCUGACCCACCUGCAGCAGAGCUGCCAGCAGCUGGGGAUGACCCCCCCAGAGCGGUCCCCGUGGCCCCCCCUGGCCGCCUACCACCGCUCCCUGCAACCCCCUGAGUCCCCCCAAGGUGACGGGGGGCGCAGCACCCCCCCAGAACCCCCCCAUUGUGUCCGGGACCUCUUUGACUCCACCAUCCUGGGAAUCGAGGACUGA